CGAGGUGCUCUCCGUCCUCGGCGACGAGGUCGACGCGAGUGCCGCGUCGUCGCGCGAGUCUUCUCCGCGAGGAUGGAGCAGCUCGCCCAGUUCGUCUCCAAGAGCUUCGACAACGCGGCUGGCGAACACGCGGCAUGCAGGACAACCACCGAACGGCCACCCUCCGCGAGGAUCACCCUGAGUGUCGCGCAUUUGCUCGGGGAUCCUGCGGAGAACGAAUCGAAUGUCGGCGCUGCGACACGCGAAUCAGUCCAGGAUCCGUCGAGCGUCGAGGGGAGCAGCGUGGACGAGCCGCCGUCGCCGGAAGGCCGCCUCCAACCGGAAGACCUCUCGGUCACGACCAAGAGCAAGGAGGCGAAGGACGCGAUUAACGCAACCGACGCCCUACCGCCCCUCAAGACGCCCGAAUUGAAGCUCUCCGUGAGGAAAUUGUUGGGAUGCAGCCCAUCGCCCCCACCCAUCUCCAGAGAUCGGUCGGCCAGUCCUGAAAACUGCAUCGAAUUGAAGAAUCACGCUUCCAACGAUGCGAAAGCCUCCGAUUUGAAGAUACAGUCGCAGGUUUCGAAGUCGUUGAUGCAGGAGGAAAGUGGCAAAGGCUCGAAUUGCCGGAACAGCGGAAACGGGAACGGGAAACAGAGAAGAUCUCGAACGAACUUCACUUUGGAACAAUUGGCCGAGUUGGAAAGAUUGUUCGACGAGACUCAUUAUCCCGACGCGUUCAUGAGGGAAGAGCUUAGCCAGAGACUCGGUUUAAGCGAGGCGAGGGUUCAAGUUUGGUUCCAGAACAGGCGUGCCAAGUGUCGCAAGCACGAGAGUCAAUUGCACAAAGGCGUUGCAGGUGGAAUGGUGCUGGCGCCUCGCAGCCCCCCGGCCACGUUGGAGCCGUGUCGAGUGGCGCCCUACCUUCCCGCGUUGAGGUUGCACCCCCCGAUCCAGGGUGCAGGUGGCAACAUAACGACCGCACCGGCCUCUGCCUUCGAUCCGGCCGUCCUCCAUUACGCGGCUGCCGGCGGCCUCUUCUGCCUCCCGCCCCCACCGCCCCCGCCACCCGCCGCCAGCCACCAUCCCCCCCACCCCCUCAGCCUCGCGGCCUCGUUGGCCGCGGCCGCGGCGCGCUCCAAGAACAGCAGCAUCGCCGAUCUCAGGUUGAAGGCGAGACGCCACCAGGAGGCCCUUGGACUCGACAGGCCCGCGUAAAAACGAACCAAUCUCUCUCUCUCUCUCCCUCUCUUCCUCUCAACAGAUCUCUUUUCUUUGCCACGGGGGUGAGUAUGCUAUCGAGGAGAGGGGAGGAAAGGGGAGAUUAUCUCGUGUAAGAGUAAUUUUGUUCGUUCGUGAGAUUAAACUUGGAAUCGAAGAGAUGGGUAGAUUUAGCUUAAAAAUUGGCAACUUUAAUUUGGGACUCGCCACCGUUGUUGUUGAACAGUGUUGGUGAUCGAUAUAUAUAUAUAUAUAUAUAUAUAUAUAUAUAUAUAUACAUAGAGGAAACGAUAAUUUGUGGAAAUCUUGGUCGGGAAAAUUCAUUCGUAUCAUUUGUUCGUUCGUUGAAAGGAUCGUGAUAAUUUGUGAGGAUACCGCGUGCCAGCUCGUGUCCGACAAGUACAAACGGAAGUCUCGACGUGUAUAAAGUGAACGAUUCGGACGGGGGAGAAGUGUGUAUUAUACGAUAUAAAGUAUUAUAUAAAUAUAAAUAUAAAUAUAAAUAGCAGAGGGGUAGCAGAGGUGGGGGUUGGAAAUUAUCCUGUCGAUUAAACUUUUCUCAAGCUUCGGGGAGGUAAAGGAAGGUUGGAGGAGAGAAUUUGCAGCGAAUGCGAGAUAUUCGAAUACGGAAACUUGGGUGCCAACUUCGAAGCCGCGAAAUUUAAAUUGAAAAAUGGAUUCGAUUCUGGCGCUCGUGUCGAGGCUGUUCUUGGAUACAUGAUUGUCACUGUAUACUAUUAGCUUUAAAAUAUAUAAACUUGAACCAUCGAAACGUGGAUUGUUUAUUGCUCAUUACCCUGAAAAGCAGUUCAAUGCUCACGAAAUCUCUCGUGAAAAUCUUUCUUUGGUUAAAUCCAAACACCGUUCUCACCACACUCGCUCAUCAUACUUCUCCAUUCUUUCCCCUUUUCUCUGUCGAGGAGAAAAAAAUUUCUUUCGCGAAAGAAAGAGUUUUGUUUCUCUCGUAACUCCUUCUUCGAGGAAACGAACGAUCCGAUUCCCUCCACGGUCGAAGCGAGAAGGGAAAACUCGCCAACAAUUCUCCAUUUCUCUCCAACUGUUGCGAAGUUACCGAGCUACCGACAAAUCGGCUUGUCCUGGCACCAUCGUCCAAGACAUAAUUCUUAGGGAUGAUUCACGGACGGCUGGACCUUGUGCGGUGGCCACGGUUCCGUCCCCGGGACGAUGCCCUGGCCAGUGGCAUCGUCGCCGGGGCGCUAAUGCAAUAACGCGUUGGUACGCGGAUAAAUCAAGCUGGCCGAAUCGUUCCACCCGCUCUAAUCGCGUUACCCCUCUCGUCCCUCGGGCGCCAUUACCAUCCACCUCGCGCUCCCGCGUUACAAUAAUAUUUCUUUAAGCUUCGUUCCUUUUUUUCUUUUUUUUUUUUUUUUUUUAAUCGCCAAUUUCACUUUUCACCGUUGCGUUCCGUUUUCCAUUCCGAUUUUUAUCCUUUUGUGUAUAUAUAUAUAGGGUUAUUUUAGGUUUGAUUCGAAGAGAUUCGUAAGGAGAAGGGUUAGAGGCUUCCUCUGUGAUAUUUUUCUACGGUAUUUGUUUGAUUGUUCUUUUCAGAAAUGGAUGGAAGAGGUGAUCUCUCGCGAUUUUUAUCCUUUUUAUGUUUAUGAGAGGGUUUUUAUUAUGUAAAGAAAAACAAGAGGUAGUUAAAGUUUCUUCUGUAUUUCGUAGUAUUAUUUUUUAAUUUCUUAGUUUAAAAAAAGUUUUCUGUGUGAUCUUUCUUCGAGAUUUUGAAUUUCUGAAUUUACUUAUCGUAGUUUUUUUCACGAUAUUUCUUUAACUUCUUACUUGAAAAUGAUUCGUGCGAAAAUAUAAUUUUCUCCUAGAUCAACCAUAUUUUUAACUAUUCAAAAUUCGCCAAUUUUAAUCGAUCUAACUCGAUCGACUUGAAUAUUGUCCAACGCCAAUUCCGUCAUCGAUAUAACUCGUUGAUAAAAUUCACAGCACACGAUAUUUCCUUAAUUUCUUACUUGAAAAUAAUUUUUAUAACUUUCUCCUAGAUCAAUCAUAUUUAAAAUUCGCCAAUCUAAAUCGAUCGACUUGAAUAUUGUCCAACGCCAAUUCCGUCAUCGAUAUAACUCGUCCAUAAAAUUCACGAAUACUUGAAAAUAAUUUUUAUAACUUUCUCCUAGAUCAACCAUAUUUCCAACUAUUCAAAAUUCGCCAAUUUUAAUCAAUCUAAAUCAAUCGACUUGAAUAUUGUCCAACACCAAUUCGAAUUCCGUCAUCGAUAUAAUUCAUUUAUAUAUAUAAAAUUCACGAUACCGUGCAUUGCACAAGAUAUUUCUUUACUUGAAAUCUCUUACUUGAAAAUAAUUUUUAUAACUUCCUCCUAGAUCAAUCAUAUUUAAAAUUCGCCAAUCUAAAUCGAUCGACUUGAAUAUUGUCCAACGCCAAUUCCGUCAUCGAUAUAACUCGUCCAUAAAAUUCACGAUUACUUGAAAAUAAUUUUUAUAACUUUCUCCUAGAUUAACCAUAUUUUCAA